AUGUUUCAGAACCACGAGUUGCGGCGCCUCAAUGGGAAUGAGAAGUCAUGUGUUGGUGUGAUGCUGACGUCUGACAACGAUGUUCCUGAGCAUGAACCACCUCCGGACACCGAAAGCCCCCCUCAGUCCAUUCCAUGGAGUUACAAAUGGAUUGCUUUGGCAUGCGUUAUUGCCUUUCCAGUUGGCUCAAACUGGACCAACGCUAGUCUGGGUCCGCUGAAAAACACUCUACGCAACGAGCUCGGGGUCACCAAUGCCCAAUUCGGAGUUAUAUCCAGCGCCGAUUCUUUUGUCAAUUCGAUUUUCCCCAUCGUUGGAGGAAUGACUCUAGAUUGGUGGGGCCCCAACAGAAUUACAAUAUGCUGCACUACAAUCAUCUUUGUCGGUGCGUCUGUCGCUGCGGGAGCCGUUCACCUGGAGUCGUGGAGAAUGCUUGCGGCUGGCCAUGUCCUCAUGGGGUUUGGAGUUGCUAUCCUUGACCAAGCGCAGCAAAAGUUCGUCUAUCAUUGGUUCGGUGCCGGUGGUCUCGCCUUCGCCUUUGGUCUCGAAAACGCAGUUUCUAGCACAGUAGGAAUGGUUGCUGGCAUGGUAGCCAUUCCUAUUCGAGACCGAACGGGAUGGUACGGGUGGACUUUUUGGAUACCUGCAAUCUUUUGUGGUUUAUCCUUGAUCAUCAACAUUCUCUAUGUUUUUCUCGAGCGGAUGUUUAUCCCCAAGCAUCUUCAACUGACAUCCGCACGCGCGAAGGCACUCGCUGAAAACCAUAAGCUCAACGUCAAGAGAGUAUUUUCCUGGAAGUCUCUCACAAAGCUACCCUGGCAGUACCUCAUGCUUCCUGGUACGCAAAUCUUACAAAGCGGCGGCGCUAAUGGGUUCGGAGUCUCGGCUGCGGACAUUAUCCGCAUGAAGAACUACAGUGAAGAGACGGCUGGCUUCAUGUCAACAGGUCAACGAGUGCUUCGAAUCGUUGGCAGCCCGCUUGUAGGAUGGUUGAUUGAUCGAUAUGGCCAUCGCUUCCAUUAUGUUGCAGUGGCGCCAUUGUUCUACAUUAUCGCCAAUUCCCUCAUUGGCUUCACGAAUCUCCACCCACUUGUAGCGCUGGUGUUUCAAUCAAUGGCAGGGCUCAUCAACGGCAUGCCACUCAACGUCUGCAUUCCACUCUUGGUUGCGGAUCAAGAUAAGCUGGGAACGGCUUUUGGGAUAUGGAGGGCUUUCAACAAUUCUGGCGGCACGAUUAUGGAGGUUGCGUACGGUGUUCUCCAAGAUGGUACCAGAGACAUGGGCUACGACAAGGUUCUCAAGGUUUCGACCGCAAUCAAGGCAUGGGGCUUUGCACUCGGAGUCAUCUACGUUGUGCUCGAUCACAAGAAGCUCGGCAAAGGCAUGACUUUGACUCGCGAUCGCCGAGAACGGUUUGAAGCAGAGAUCGAGGAUAGGGACACACAUCCUCUUACCAAGAGGGAAGUCCGAAAGCCUUGGACGAUCUACACCCUUUCGAUCCUUGUUGCAAUGAUCGCCACUGCGUGGACUUUGUUUAUCAAAUACUUGAUUUAA